AUGGCUGUCUCCAUGCUUCGGCUGACAAUUGUCCUGGGACUGCUUGUCUUAAUCCUGAUGUGCCAUGCUGACGACAAACCAAAUGACAAGCCAGCUGAGUCAAGCAAAACAUCAGAGCCAGAGUUCCCCAGAUUCCUAAAUCUCUUGGGCACAGAGAUCAUUGAGAAUGCACUGGAGUUCAUCCUCCGCUCCAUGAGCAGGAGCACAGGAUAUGUGGAAUUUGAUGAUAAACGAGGAGAACAUUCAUCAAAGUGA